AUUUAACUCUUUUGAUUGAAGAGUGAUUUGUAGCUUGAUAGGCCUACUUAUUUUAGUUCUAUUGCGUGUGCACUACGACUUCAAUUCGUUUUAUGAUUAAGUCUGUUUCUUGCAUUCACUUAUCAAUAAUAUUUGAUGAUAAGUUUUAACAAUGUCUCUAGCCGAUGAAUUGCUAGCAGAUUUGGAAGAGGGGGGUGAGGAGCUUGAUACGAUAGAGGAAGGCGAUGAAACUGCCAUUAAUGAUGUUGACGAUAUUAUGGAAAUAGAUCGGCAGGGUUCAACUUUAAAUGUGAGACAUGUUGCCAAACUGAAAGACAGCCCUGAACUUCAGAAGAUUCUGAAAGAUAUUGAAGAGUACUCAGCAAAACCAAAACGCAGUGCAAUAGCUGGUCCAGUUGAGGUUGAUCCAGAAUACAAGUUAAUUGUUGAUGCCAAUAAUAUGACUGUAGAAAUUGAUAAUGAAAUUAAUGUAAUUCACCAAUUUACAAAAGACAUCUAUUCAAAACGAUUUCCAGAAUUAGAAUCACUUGUCCCAAUGCCUUUGGAGUAUAUUUGUACAGUUAAAGAGCUUGGAAAUAACAUUCUUGAAAGGUCAAAGAAUAAUGAAAUUCUCCAAGAUAUCUUAACUCCUGCUACAAUUAUGGUUGUCAGUGUGACUGCUUCAACCACUCAAGGAGUUGAACUUUCAGAAAAAGAUUUAGCCACAGUUAUGGAAAGUUGUGAAAUGGCUAUUGAGCUAAAUAAAAGCAAAACAAAGAUUUUUGAAUAUGUUGAGUCAAGAAUGACCUUUAUUGCACCAAAUUUGUCUAUUAUUGUUGGUGCCUCAAUAGCAGCAAAGUUAAUGGGGACAGCAGGUGGCUUGACAAAUCUAUCUAAAAUGCCAGCCUGCAAUUUAAUGCUAUUAGGAAGUCAAAAAAAGACACUGGCAGGCUUCUCAAGCACAAAUAUACUUCCACACACAGGUUUUAUAUAUUACUGUGACAUGGUACAGAAAAUGCCACCUGACAUGAGGCGAAAAACUGCAAGAGCAAUUGCAGCCAAAUGUACUUUAGCGGCUCGAGUAGAUAGUUUCCAUGAGAGUGUUGAUGGUGUUGCUGGAGAUAAAUUUAGAGCUGAACUUGACACUAAAAUGGAUAAGAUGACUGAGCCUCCACCUGUUAAGUUCUCAAAGCCCCUUCCAGCACCAAUUGAGCAAUCCAAGAAAAAGCGAGGUGGUAGAAGAGCUAGGAAAAUGAAGGUAACUUUAUAUAAAAUAUUGUCAUUGAUGAUUGUUUUUACUGGAUUUAAGUUUGUGGUUAAUUGAGUUACCUCUCUUAAUUUUAGAAAUAACGUUAAUACUUCAAUGCAUUAUUUUUCUGUGUCAGAACUUGUAAAAUAGCGGUAUUGAAAUUUUGACCUGUGUCUAGAAGUAUUAACUUUGAAGCAAAUUACUUUAUUUUAGAUUAGUCUUACAUAAAUUAUACUAUGGGUGCCAUUUUAUUUUGAAUGACACUAUAAUAACUAUAAUUUGUUUAUUCAAAUCUUUCAAAACUUUUUUUUUUAUACAUCGCAUCAGUUUUUUUUCCUAAAAUUCUGGACUGUUUGAAAACCACUGCUAUAGCACUAUAUAAAGAUAUUCUUAAAAGACCAAUAAACAUUAUUUUACAAUUUUUACUUCAGGAAAGACUGGGUCUUACUGAGCUCCGAAAACAAGCCAAUCGAAUGAACUUUGGUCAAAUUGAGGAUGAUGCAUAUCAAGAAGACCUUGGAUUCUCAAUGGGAACUAUGGGUAAAUCAAGUUCAGGAAAGAUCAGAGGAGCACCAGUGGAUGCCAAAACAAAAGCAAGAAUUUCUAAGACGUUGCAGCAGAAGUUGAGCAAACAGAAUCAAACCUGGGGUGGAAGCACAACAGUUAAAAAAACGGUAUAGCUUGCUUAGCUAGCUUUAUAUCAUUAAAAAAUACUAUUGAUUGGAAGAUGUAUUGAUAAACCAAUUUAAAAUAUAAAUACAAAUUUGAAAAAAUUGAAACAAGAUAGAGGUUGAUCAAGCAUCAUUAAAAAUAAAUACUAAUUACAUUAGCUAUAUUAACAGGGCUACAUUUAUUAUUUUUUAAAAUAAAUGCUAUUUAAUAAUGCAGUGCUAUAAUUCUGUUUAAAAAAAAAAAAAAAUUUGUGUAGGAAAUCUAAACAAUUUUUUUUACUGAGGAACCUUUUUCUUGCUUGAGAGUAAAAAAUAACCCUAUAGUUUUGUAAGCUUUCAAAUUAUCUAAUUUAAAGAAUGUUCAUUCCACAAGUUAUUAAGCUACAAUUUAAAUUUAAUAUUUUAUUUUGUAGGUCGAAGGAACUGCAUCCAGUGUAGCCUUUACCCCGCUAAAAAACCUGGAGAUUUUCAACCCCCAUGCAGCAGAAACAAAGGUUCAGCAGACAACACAGAGAUAUUUCUCAUCUACUGGGUCAUUCUUGAAGGUGAAAAAAGAAGCUGGAAAAAUGGGUCCACCUGCUCCUUCAGGAUCAAAGUAAUAUACAAGGAAAUUGUGUUAAUUUUUUUCUAUUUCAACAUCUCAACCAAAAUAAAAAGAAAAGAAAACAGUAGCAUUCCCAUGUCUGCAAAUACUUUUUUGAUUAAUGCUUAUCCAUCAGUUUAAAUGGUAACUCACUCUUAUCUUCUAAAAAGAAAGUCAACAAAGCUUAAAAUUUGACAGAUAUAUUAAACCUUAACUACUUGCUUUCUGUUGAAAAUUUAUAAAUGUGCCAUCAAUAUACACACCUCUCCUCAUUUCCCGUAGUAUAUAUUAAAACCAUUUAAGUGUAAACCUAAUGCAUUGCCAAAAAAAAAGAAGAUAUUUUUGAAGCAUUGAAAUCCUUACAUUUAUCUUGUUAAAAAUUUCCCUGCCCGUGACAUUAGUAAUAUUUUUUUAUCAAAUAAUAAACUUUAAGUUGUACAACUAGGUAAAGUUUUGACUAAAGUCUAUUUUUUAAAACUACUUCUUUACUCUAAAAUUAAAAAAAUUAAAAUGUGUUUGUCUAUUCUUUCUUGAGAAUAAGAAAAAUGAAAACAUUACAAACCACAAGAAAAUUUGUGAACUGUUUGUUGCAAUUAGGACAGCAGAAUGUUCAGAUCCUAUGAGUAUUUUAAGUUUUGCACUUGUAAUUGUAUGCAUUAGUUAAGAAAUCUUCCAAUCCAACAAGCCCCUCAGUGCUUACAUAAAAUAUGAUAAAAUAUUGAUAACUGAAAAUAUAAUUUGGAACAAAUGCCUCAAUUUAUGUAAGCAUUGCGAAAAGAAUUUUCAUGUUCUGUACACUUAAAUGUGUUGGCACAAUUUUAAGCAAAUAUUGAUGAUUUGUAUAACACGUUAUUGUAUUGAAAUUUAGUAGAUGAAUAAAAUUCAUAUUACUAUUAAC